AUGGACAUUUGGCCACCGAAAAAUGGAGAAUCAAGCACUACCCCUCAAUCUGCUAUUAAUAGUAAUCAAACUACUGGCGAAAAGCCUUCUAAUAGAGUAAUUAUGUUACUUGGUCUUGACCCUAACACUACUUCGGGAUUAAUAUCUAAAGCCUUUAAUGAACAUGGUCUACAGGUUGUAGUCGAUUACCAACGAGAUGACACUAUUGGCUAUGUUCAACUACACCUUGACAUCGCCAAAGAAGUGGCCGAGCGAAUUAUGAGUAAUGGUGGCCUAAGGAUUGGCACUGAUGUCGCGAUAUUACGUGCACUAGAGGGAAUGGAAGAUUUAAUGUAUUGGUCGGUAUACGCUGGUGCUCGUAUAGUUCCAGCAAGGUUGCUAGGAAAUUGUAAAAAUUCAGGAAAAGUUCGACAUCAAAGGCGUAAUAACCGGCAGAAUCCUUAUCAUUCGCUUCAGAUCAUGGAGCUGGAAGAUAGCCCAGAUACAUCGACAAAACUUUCACGACCAAAUCAUGUUAAUCAUAUAAGUCAUAUCCGUUCUUCUUGUUCAGCAAAGUCACCGAAAGCCAAGAAGAAGAAACGAAAAGCUGAAAAAACGUUACAGAAAACAGCAUGGAAAAGAGUAAAGGCCGCCAAGAGGCAAUUAAGUUUUAUAGAUGCUGAUGACCAAACAACCUCCGAUGUCAUUUUAAGAAUCAAUGAGACGAAUGGAUUCUUAUCUUCGCCAGCUCGUGAUCCGACUUUUACAUCCAUUGAAAUUGCAGACACCGAUUCACCUAAUAGUUUUCACUGGACUGAUUCCACGUACCCGAGCAAAAUUAAAUUUAAUUCAAGUAUAUUAUCCUCAUCAUCAGCUAUUAUUCCAUUUGGUACCUAUUCAGAGAACUUCCUGACAGAAAAAUCAGGUAUUGGCCUGAACAAAAAAUGUUUUUUUCCCGAGUCUCCAAUCAAAGAAUCUCCGUUAAUAGCUAGCAUGUCGGAAGACUCACCUGACUCGGCAAAAAGUGAGACUUCACUCAUUCCUUAUAAUAUGCAAAAGACAUCGACUUUUCCGAGAUAUAUUGAUCUGUUGAGUAUUGAUAAGAGUAAAUUACUGGCAAGCUCUGGGUAUACUGAAGAAACGAAUUCUGGUAAUGAUGAUACAUCAAAUUCCUUCCAGUACCUUCAAUCUCCUUUAUUUCAGGAAGUCGAUCUUAAAAAUAAAGACGAUGCCGAUGAGGUUGAAGAAAGACUGAAAAAUCUGCGCCUAAAUGUUAUGCUAGAACAAUGA